AUAUCUUACUGACGUCAGCUUCCUCUGACCAAACAUUUUGUAAACAAACACAAACUUCAUUCACUCAAAUGUAAAAAGACAAAGCAACUGUAGUGUAGAUCUAGUCUAGAUCUAACUCACAGUUAAUUAAAUGGCUGCCGAAUCACCUAGAAAAGGAACAAAAUUUGUCUGCAAUAUUGUUCGUCCGCAUUCUUACAGUGACAAGACAGUUGCAGAAAGUGUUUUUGAUUUCAUUACCGAUGUUGUGCCUCAGGUGGGACAGGCUUACUGCAGUACGUCUCCUAAAACAGAUGACAAAGAGAAAGUUUCUUGGAUACGCUUUGAACAGUGUGAUGUUAAUGAUCUAAACUCGAACCCAAACCUUAGAGGACUGGAGCAGAAAGCUGUUCCCCUCGUUGCCAUCCUAGGAUACCCAGAUGGAGUACAAGUAUGGCUCAUCAUGCACAGUGGUGAAGCUGUGGAGGUCUUCUCUCUCCGACAAGGUCCAGUCUCCUGUUUCCGUAUCCUGCCCACUCCUAGCCCAGAGAUGGACACAUACAAAAAUAAGAGACCAAUAGCUGCUAUCUGUGACUCAUCAAGCGCUGGUAACCCAUUCUGUGGUGUGAAGUUUAUUUCUUUGAAGACAGGCGAUGAAGUCAGCAGUGCAUCAUGGAAGACGCAGCUGGUUCACAAUAUAGAGAGCAAUAAGAGGUUUGUGGUUAUCGUCUUACAGGAGAAACUUGUUGUGUUUGAUGCCUGCAGACUAAGACAGAUUCUACUGAUCACAGGCUGCUAUCCAUGUCCUGGACCAAAAAUAAACCCAAUAGCACUGGGAGACAGGUGGCUGGCGUAUGCAGAUAAAAGGCUGUUACCAGUUCACCAAUCCUGUGGGGGGAUGUCAGGUGAUGGAGCCCAGUCCUAUGCCGCUACAGUCAUUAGUGCUGCCAAGGGAGCUUUCAAAGGUCUGACCAUGUUUGGAGAAGCAAUGGUUAGCAGUGUCACAGGAGCCAAAUCGACUCCACCACCUAAAAAGCCAGAGCCAUCUCCUGCAGAUGAGAAUGGUUACCGUCCAGGCAUAGUCUCUGUGUAUGAUCUUAAGUCUCUCCGUGUGGACCAGGGUGGCAAAUCAUCAGAUGUGUCCCAGUUCUAUGUCUCAGACGACCCGGACAUCGAGGGUUUGAUUGCUCACUUCCAUGCCCAUGCCAAUGAGCCAGUGGCUGCCAUGGCUUUUGACCCGACUGGAGUGCUUUUGGCAACUGCCUGUAAACUUGGUCAUAACUUUCAUGUGUUUAGCCUUGUGGCCCACCCCUGUUCCUCGUCUCUGGGUGCUGUCCAUCACCUGUACACGCUUCACAGAGGAGACACUACUGCUAAGGUUAUAGACAUAUCAUUCACCAAUGACAGCCGUUGGAUUACAGUUAGCACCCACAGGGGAACAACUCAUGUUUUUCCAAUUACACCAUAUGGGGGAAAUAUAUGUGCUCGUACUCACUGCCAGGCCAGGGUUGUCAACAGGGUCAGUCGAUUUCACAAGUCUGCUGGUCUUGACGAGAUUGAGCCAGGGGCAGCUGGUCAGCGCAGUCCUAUUUUGUCCAGCAGUCCUGGCAGUUCAGGUUUGCUCUGUAAACCAUCGCUAUGGGAGUUUAAUAUCAUGGACAAGUUCCUGACCGCAUCACCACACAAGUCAGGACAUUCACCUGGUCCUCAAGAGGGUUACCCAAGUCUUAUUAGACAAAAUGCUCUGAGAAACAAUAUGGGCAACCCUCGGCUCCCACCCUAUCCUCAUCCGACCCCAAUAGCUCCGCUGGCCCAGAUAAAACAGCUCCUUUCCAUUCCUGGCUUGGGGCCUACUUCAGGGGCCUCGCCGCGCCCCAAGAGCCCAACACACUCCAGUUCUUCACAUGACAAUGUGUUUGCAGUGUGCGCAGCUUUUGCCCCAGAGAGGCUGUGGACCACAACCAUGGAGAGACGAGAUCAUCUAAAGAAGACUGCCGUGGACUCACUCUUCAUUCUAAACCAGAAUGGUAUCUUGACAGAGUAUCAUCUCGAGCCACACCCUAAGCAGGUGAGUGGUGCAGAGAAACACUUGGAUGACGCGCCUAUAGAGCUGGAAGUGAAAGGACUUGUCCAGUGGAACCUACAGCGAUCAAGGUCAUCAAGUGAGGUUAAGCCUCCUCUGGCAUCCAAUAAUCCACUUAUCGUAGCGGCAGAAGCUGUACAGACCCAACAAGCCACUUUCUCCGCAGAGGGCUCUGAGCCUGCCACUGUGACCAGAUACGGGUCCAAGGACAGCUUGACCAGUGACUUUGGAUCCAGUGGAACUAAAGAGGAAACUGAUGAGCAAUGGGUAUCCCAGGUGGAGAUAAUAACUCACGUGGGCCCCCAUCGUCGCCUGUGGAUGGGCCCCCAGUUCUCUUUCAAGACCUACCAGAACCCUCAGUCCACCACAGUUCUCUCAUCUUCAUCCUCCUCAUUGUUCUCUGGCAGCCCAGAAGCCAAUGCUCACGUGACCACUAUGGACAUUUUGACUGACGACUGUGACCUGGAGAGUUUAAAACUCCAUCCUAGCCGGUCAAGCCCAGUGGCUAUGCCUAAUAUACGGCCUGCCUACAGAAGGUCGUCCACCAGUGAGCGAACAACUAGCCCAGGCAGAAGUACCAACUCAGCACCUAUGUAUAUAGAAGCAGGAAGCUAUGAGCAGUCUCCCAUUCUGAGUGAUGUGUUCAGCGAGUGGACAGAGUCCACCAUCCUCCACCAGCCCCGUAGCAGUGAGGAGGAGGAAGACAGGGUGAGGAGGACAUUGGAGGAGGCCAUGAUGGAGUCCCCAGCACACGAGGGUGGACCCAACUGUGCCGACAGAGAAACGGAGACCUUCCACGACAGCAGCGAGACGCUGAGCAGCUCCGGUUCCAGCAUCGCCGCCGUGUCCACUCGGGGCGCUGCCGAGAUGCAGGUGGAUCACCGGUACUCUGGGGGCGGCGGGAGCGACUCUCCUGACCUGUUGGGAUGACAACUGCCGGCGUGUAGCUGGGAAACAGAAAUCCUCUUGAGGAAUCGCCCUCACCACGGCUCCUCAAUUUCUACACUUUGGAUGUGUGACCCUGUUUUGUUUUGUUACGUACAAUCAUAGGCUAUAUAUAGACGAGACCUAACACGUGCAAACAUAUGUCUGAACUUUGUGUGCACACAAAAAAAGAUGAGACAAAAGCAUCUUCCGGUUUUGAUUUCCUUAUAAAUUUAUCUUCUCUCUCUAUAUAUAUAUAUUCAUAUAUGGGUCAGUGCUACAAAACCCAGAAUUCACUUCCGGUCUAAAUAUAAGCGUUUAAAUUAAUGUCUUUAAUGAAAGGGCGCUAACUUUAAACUUUAACUUUCUAUUCAAGCGGGAAACAUUACCUCACAAUACACAAAAUUUAUAAUAACAAAAAUUAAAAAAAACAACUCUUGGAUCUGAUUUUUAUGGGUGUGUUUUGCGCAUCUAACCUGAACUUUUUUUUUAUCAUAUUGUUUGUUUUUUUUUGUUUCAUUUCGGACAAACUUUAAUUAUAUUAAAAUGUAAAUAGUUAAACAAAAAUAGAUCCAGGUUAGGCCUAGAUCGACACUCCUAAAUUCACAAACACCUUCCUGUUCAUCUUUCAGUAACGUGAUUUUAAAAAUUAAUAUGCCACAUUAGAAUGUGUUUCAUAUUAGGACGCUGUGAUAUCAAUAUCACGUGUAUAUGAAUGGUUUUACAUGUUUUAAGAAUCCGCCUGUGUUUCCAUGGUUACGAAGGAAUAUAAAUCUUUUUACUUCAGUUCCAAUAUUGUCUUUGAGCAGGAAAGGAAAAAAAAGGCGUUUCGUUUGAAAUAUUGCAUGAGCUUUAGGCGCGCACGCGUCCGCCAUGUUGAAUUAAACAUUGAGUCAAGUGAUGCACCCAUAGAUUUAUACUAAGCAAAACAAACUCAUUGCUUUGGUCUCUAAACAGUCAGAAAUAGUUCUAUGCUCUCAGUUGAGCUCCAUGUGAGUUUCUGUGCUCAUCUGUUGUCACAUGGUUUGCCUAAGAUAAAGAAUGUACGCCAUAUUGCCGAAAGUAGUGUAGGCUUCAUUUGUAAAACGGAAAAUAAACAAAAUUGACGAGAUCAAUAUCCAAACACAAUAGGUGUUUUUUUCAAAAUAUUUCGCGAAGCUAAUUCAACUUGUUUAGCGAGAUUCUCCAAAGGAGAAGCCUUUUUAAACUUCUGACACCAUUUAUGGCAUUUUUUUUUUUUAGACUUUUGUUAUUUUUACUGUCAUAAGGUUGAGUUUAACCUUUUUAUAUAAAGAGAAUUCCAAUGCAUGAGUCCAGCAUGCAGUGUGAACCCAGAAAGGUCAUCAAAGUCACCUCAACUUCGGAAGAUUUUUUUGCUUUAAUACUUGUUUGCCUCAAUGACUUGUGUUAAUAAAACAAAAUUAAUGUCUUAUAAUUGUAAUGCAUUAUGUCAAUUUUAAAUUAGUGAAAAAUAGAUAAAAAUUUGUUUCACUGUAACAAAUGAGAGAACCGUGUAACUGGGAGUUCACAUUAACCUUGACCUAUAGGUUAAAAUGUAAACAACAAGAUAAAUUGGAUUUGUCCCCCGCCCUUGAAAAAAAAAAAGUUUCAUCUUGUAAGUUAGACUUUCUAAAGAGGAUUCUGCACUGCGAUGGAUUACAUUUUUUUUUAAAGUCUAAGCUAAUUCAAUAAGUCUUGGACAAUGUAAUUCUAGAACCACCCAUCUUUCAUACUCCAUAACAGUCCACAUUCUCCCGUCUAAUAUAGCAUCGUUAUGGAGCUUUGUGGCUGAGUGGUAAAGCCCAUGUCUCCCGAACUGAGAGACCUCGGGUUUGAAUCCCGGUGAAAACUGGGACUUUGAACUGCGGCAUUUUUAAAACGCUCUCUCGAGUCCACCUUACUCUGAUGUCUGGUUCAGGAGUGGUAGGCUACCUGACAUACGUUGGUGAAUGAAAGACCUUUGGUCAUCGUGGUGGCCGCAUGACACCUUCGUUAACUCUAAGCCGUGUUGACGUCUUCUGGGUUAAAACAGACCCGCUGAUAGACUUCUGGCUGAAGCUGAAGAUGAUCUCACAACUCAUUACGAACGAACGAACAUGCAGAACAGCCUGGAACAUCUGCAGAACAGUCUGUAACAUCUGUAGAACAGUCUGGAACAUCUGCAGAACAGCCUGGAACAUCUGCAGAACAGUCUGGAACAUCUGCAGAACAGCCUCGAACAUCUCCUUCACGUCAGUCAAGUCCCGCUCUAUCCCUCCUACUUUCUUUUUCACUUCAUGCACCUCCAUCACUUGGCAAAACAUUACGUUGUAGACGCCAAGGGAAUGAACUUCUGAAGAACAGAAUGCAGUUUAGCGCUUCGGGUUUGGCGCUCAGCCCCUUCGACGACGCUGGAAAAGUUUUAUAUUUAUGAGGGUGUCACAAGUGAACGUUUGAGAAUCACUGGGUACUAAAGAUUUAUUAUCUUUUCGAUAAAUUUUUUUUUUAAAUCAGUGCACAACACAAAAGACCAUUUUUAAAAAAGCAACAGUAAUAUGAUUAUUGAAAACUUAUCCAUAGGUCAUUAGCACAUAUAUUAUCAUUCCUCACGUGAAAGGUUAUCGUGGGGUCAGUUAUAAUGUCUAUAAUUAUAUAUUCAUAGUUAUAGCACUUUAGGGAACAUUGAGUUACACUCGUCUGCCCAAAGGAAGAAACAAAAAACGACCACAAAAUUGUCUGCUGAAGUUAGCAUAAAUAGUGGCUGUGGGCCAAUAUGACGGUCCACCAAUGCUGGUCGCAUGGCCAGUGGUCUUUCGGGCUAUGGCGACCGAUACAAAUCUAGUCAAUUAUUCAAUCUGACCGUACCGCCCUGUCCACUGUACAAGUGUCUGGGGUUCAGAAGUGGUUGGCUACUUGACUGUUAGUGUGAGGUCAGUUGUGUGAGAGAGAGAGAGAGAGGGGUCAGUUUAAGGUUAACACGCCUCAGUGAUCUUUUUAAACAACGGUGAGAGAUACAUUUUUUAUGUGCUCAAACUGGACCUUAUGUUCCCCCCCCCCCUCUAUCUCUCUCUAUCUCCCAGUCUUUGUGUUUCUAGCUCCUUUUUUUUCCUUUGACUAACUUUGUGUCACUCACUGCGCAUGUCACUGCGCAUGUCUUUCGUGGUACACAAUUUGAACACGUGACUUCUCCCACUUUCCCAUCUAGCUGAAACUUUGCAGAAUUAUUCAUCGUCCAUAACAAGGCAUGAAUCGAUCAAAAGACAAAUUGACCAAUUAUAUUGAAUAAUUGGGGGCGCGGUGGCUCAGUGGUUACGCGCUUGGCUUCCGAACCUCCUGGGUUCGAAUAUCGGUGAACACUGGGAUUUUGAAUUUUCAGACUUUUUAGGGCGCCCCUAAGUCCAUCGAAAUCUAAUGGGUGGGUACCUGACUCAAGUUGGGAAAGUAAAGGCGGUUGAUCGUUUGGCCACGUGACACCCUGCCCGUUAACGUUAAAUAAACUGAUGACCUUAACAUCAUCUCCCCUUUGGAUCGUCAGGUCUGAAAGGGGAACUUUUGUGGACACCGAGAUCACGAUCGACAUUAACAGGAAGUAUUUUACCUUAUAGAAUAAUUAGUGGUCAUUUAUUUUGUUUGAUAUAGAAAGGAAAAAAAAUGAUACGAUGUUUAGAUGUAUGGCUGUAAAUGUGCGCUUCUCUUUUCCUUAUAUCUGCUUUUUUAAUAUUAUUUUUAAGUUUGUUUGUUUUUUUUGCAAUUCCCUCUCAGUUUGGUUCAUGUGUCUUUGUCUCUUGGUCAACCUAUCUUCUCCAUGUUUGCUGUGGUCUUCCAGCCUUUCUCUUCCCCCGUGGGUUCCAGUCUAGGGCCUGGUUUACGAUGCUCUCUUUUUGUGGAUUUAAGUAUGUAUUCAAAUAAAAUGUUGUGGACUGAAUGGCUGGUUUAUAAUGGGCUGGUCAGUUCACAUAAACAAAGAAGACCUACCUAUUAUAUGAACAGAUUGACGAUUUUAGUGGUCACUAUAUUCUCAUUUGUACAGAUCGCUUAUGACCAAUAAUAAUAGAAUAUAUUGCGAACAUUUUGGAUGAUUCGUUCUUUAUCAAUUGACAUCAUUCCUCUGCUCAUGUAAAAAACAAUGGACUGAGACCCGGUCAUAGAGUUUGUAUGUGGGAAUAAACACUUCAAUCCAGUUUAUAUAAAAAGUUUGUAUGUGGGAAUAAACACUUGAAUCAAGUUUAUAUAAAAAGUUUGUAUUCUCUUUUUUUUUUAGCGAAAGAUGAAAUUGUUAAUUUUAGUGUUCAUUGUUUUAAAUUGAAAUAUGUCUGUAAUAUUUUGUAUAGAAACACUAACAUAAAAAUAAACUUUAUCUUUACAUCUGGACAAGCGCCGUGAAAAUCAG